AUGUGCGUGUCUUCAGAAUGAAAAUAACACCUAUUGUCUAUGUAAAUUACAAAGCUCCAAGGCUCAUAUUUCUUCACUUUGUUCCAGGACGCAGCAGCAACAACACAGCCAUGGGAGAUAAACACUAUGAACAUCUUUCACUUCUCAGCGAACCAUGGAGGACAAUAAACUGGGGAGACAAACAGAGCGCUCUGCAGUACGUGAAGAACUACAAACCUCAUGAUGAAGGCCAGCAGCUCAGGAUUCUUCUUCAUGGCCCAGCUGGAGCUGGAAAUUCCAGUUUUAUCAACUCUGUUCAAAGUGUGUUACAUGGCAGAAUGAACACACUGGCUUUAGCGGAAAACAUCAAUCAUGACAGUUUCACCAGGAAGAAACCGAGACUCAUCAGACCAGGCAACAUUUUUCCAGUCUUCAACUGUCCAAUUUUGUACACAACCUACAAGAUCCAAAAAGAAAGUCCAGAGUCCUUUUACCCUUUUAUCCUCAGUGACAUCAUGGGCCUGGAUCCAAUCAAAGGUGUCCAAGUGGAAGACAUCAAACUGGCUUUGAAGGGACAUGUGAAGGACGGUUACAGGUUCAAACCUGAAUCACCGUUGUCAGAGGAUGAUCAGUUCUACAACAAAUCUCCCACUGCCAACGACAAAGUGCAUGUUCUGGUUUGUGUUGUUGGUGUCAGCAGAAUACAUCAAAUGAAUAAUAUAACUGUAGAGAAGAUUCGGAACAUCAGGCUGGAAGCCAGUCACCUGGGAAUUCCUCAAGUGGCCAUCCUCACCAAAAUUGAUUACUGUUCUGAAAUCAAACAAGAUUUAAAGAACAUCUACAGGAGCAAGUUCCUGAAGAAUAAGAUGGAGCAGUUCAGUGCAGAAGUGGGUAUUCCCAUGAACUGCAUCUUCCCUGUGAAGAACUACCAUGAAGAAAUCGACCUCAACAAUGACGUUGACUCGCUGCUCCUGAGCGCGCUGACAAACAUCAUCAACUUCGGAGAAGACUGCAUCAACUUCAAAAAGAGUCAGUCUGAAUGUUGAGACAUGUACAGGUUUGGUCCUCAGUGCUUGUGUUUUCAGAUCACACUGUUCCAUACUCAGCAUAACUAUAGUACAUGUAAAGCAUGGAUAAAUUAGCCAGAAGUUCCUUUUCAUUGGUGGUGUUGUGGAACAGUUUUUAUGUUUAAUUUCUUGUGCUUCUUUGUGUUUUCUUUGCCUUCAGUCAUGUUGGAAACAAGUUUUUUUUUUACUGUUAUCCUUUGGAUUAAAUUUUUUCUGUGACUGAUGAUCCAUGAAAUAAAUAAAUGUUUCAUGGCAGCAUAAAAA